AUGGAGGACACCGGGGGUGUUACGUGUAGACCCGACAGACCUAGUAACCUGUCGACGCAGAACGAAGAAACUGAAUCGUGCAGAAUCAUAGACGGGAGUGAGGAUCGUAGCCCAUGUGUUCCACGGGUUGACCCUCGGGAGGACAGAUUUGAUCAGGCUAUGGAGGCGGCACUAUACGUGGAGACAAAGGAGCUGAAAAGACGACCAAAGCUGAAGAGGAUGAAGCUUCAAUUCUACAAAACUAAGAUGUAG